AUGGCUCCCAAGAAGAAAGAGCAGCAGAAGAUGAGCCUCGGGGCCUUCUUGACUGAUGAGAAGAUGGGAUCCUGGGCUGAUGAGAUGGAGGAUGCGCCAGUGUACUCUCGCACUGGCUACGGAGGAGGUGAACGACGCACUUACAACUCUGGUACUGGCACAUAUGGUGGUAGCACCGCAGGAGGCUACUCUGUCCGCGAGGAACUCCCCCUACCCGACAAGCCACCUUACACCGUUCAUCUUGGCAAUCUCUCCUUCGAAGCAACCGUUGGUGAUGUCACCGAUUUUUUUGCUGGCUGCGAAUGCACCAAUGUGCGAAUUAUUGAGGACAAGAUGGAGAUGAAACCCAAGGGGUUUGGAUAUGCCGAGUUUGCAUCCCGUGAUGGCCUUAAGCAAGCUCUGACGCUCAACGGAAGCUCGUUCCAGGGACGCAACAUCAGAAUCAGUGUCGCCGAUCCUCCCAAGGACAGAGGAGAUCGACCAGAGGCACGCGAGAUUACUGACUGGAGCAGAAAGGGACCUUUGCCAGAUUUGCCAGGCCGAGGUAACGACCGAGGUGGCGAUCGUCGAGGACCAGAACGCGGGGUUGGAUUCGGGGCCGACUUUGGAGGAGAUCGUGGAGAACGCCGAGAACGCUUUCCCGAGAAUGACGGGAAGGUUCGAGACUUUGGUAACUGGGAUCGCAAGGGUCCAUUGUCCCCGUUGGUACAACCAGAUCGAGGACCGAGAGAGGGGGGGCGCCCACGCACAAACGAUGGAGCAAGAGGUGAAGGAGGCUACCGGGAGGCACCCGCCGCGCAAUGGGGCGAAGGUCGGGCACAUGGUUCGCAGGAUGGGUCCAGGCCUCCAAGACGGGAGUUCCAGGAGCGACCAGUCGUUGAACGUGCGCCAACUGCUGCCGAGCAAGAUAACCAAUGGCGUUCAAAGAUGCGUCCCGAUGUUCCUGUACCAGCACCAAAGUCCCCGGUACCAUCAAGAGAUGGAAGUGAAGCUCCCUCUUCCCCAGCUCCCGGACACGCCCUCCCAACCGGCCGACCCAAGUUGAACCUCGCCAAACGAACCGUUUCCGAGGCUCCAGAUCAGCCACCUACAGCCGUACCCGUCUCUGGUGACGCCAAGGCAAGCCCAUUUGGUGCUGCUCGCCCUAUUGACACCGCAGCCAAAGAGAGAGAGAUUGAAGACAAGAAGCUUGCGGCAGCGAAGGAGAAGAAGGAUGCCGAGGAGAAAGCAAUGGAGGAGAAGAAAGAGGCCGCUGCGAAGAAGGCUGCAGAGGACGCUGCCGAGGCCGAGAAAAAGGCUCAGCAAAAGUCGGAGGGUGAGGAUGCAAGCAAGAGUAACGACACCAUUGAGAGAGAGAACGCCAACGGAGAGAUAGUGGAGGACAAGUCGGUGAAACCGAAAGAGAUCGUCCGGGAUGUGCGACCCAGGCCAUUAGAGACUGGUGCUUGGAGACGUGCUUCGACCGGGCCACCAACACCCAGAGACGAUAUCCCUCGUGGCCCUCGAGGUCGUGGAGGCAGAGGCAGAGGGGAAGGUCGUGGAGGUCCCAGAUAUUUUGAUGACCGAGGAGGACGACAGAACUCGAACGGCCGAGGCCCCCAAUCACCUGCUCAAGCAACAACUCCUACUACCACGGAAGUCCUAGAGGAUGAUGGAUGGAGCACCGUUCAAAAGCCCAAGAAGAACAACCGGGGUGGAUACCAAGGAUCGCGAGCGAUUGCAUCUUGA